AUGGGCGAUUAUAUUCCGGACUCAGAAGAUGAAGAAGAUUUACUCUUACUGCCGGGCGUAAUAUCGCACCUGAAGGUUGCACAGACUCUACAAAGCAUGCCAGAACCCACAAGACAGGUUAUUUCAUCUGAAUUAAGACGAACAAGAUUCUUCGAAUUGGUACCUGAGAUGACGCCUGAGUCUUUAAGAGAGGCAUACACAUUUACUGUGAAUGAUUUGGGAGAUUCACGUCAACACAGUACGACUGGGGAUAGAUCUACGCAUACAGAAGAGGAAGGCGAUGGAAUACGACACAAUUCUGACCAGAUAGAUAAUGGGGACUUAGGGAAAAUACGACAUGAUUUAGAUCGAGAUGACAUAGAGAUGCUUCAGGAAUCCAGCAUUAAUCAGAGCUCGAGACGGGGCCUUCGUAAGAGAAAUUUUGCAAGUACCCACCCGUAUAUAGCAGAUCAGGCGCACUGGUUGGGACUAAGCAGCAUCAACUCCUUGAAUGAAUUGUAUCAUGAGACACCAGACUUAGAUGCCAUAGUAAGGUUAUUGAAUCAAAUAUAUUUGAAAAAGAAAUCUAGAUAUUCGAGUGACGAAAAGUAUAAAGCAAAAAACUUCUAUGCAUUUUUAGGGAAAAGGCCAGGUUUUAUUAAGGACCAGGAAUUAUCGUCUCAAUUUACCGAGGAUUCGAGCCAACCUAGUUUCCCUAAAGAGACCAAUAAUAGAACAGAAUCUAACGAGAAUAAUAUUUCAAAUGACAGUGAUCUGGGAGAAUCAGACUCUAGUAUCCUAUUUCUCAACCGUAAAAAUCAUUCCAUAAUCGUUGAUGACGAAGAUGAAGAACCUGCUGAUGCACAUGUCCUGAUGGAUGAUCCACUGAGUACAGAUGAGUCAGAAGAUAGUGACAUAAUGGUAAGAGUUGGCGGGAAAUUUCGAAAAGAAAGGAAUGUGUUACGGGGGACUUUACCCGAAUCCGCAAAGAGACUAGACCUAUACCGAUCUAAGAAAUCAAAGAUCGAUCGUAAGAAGAGGAAUAAUAACAAUUAUAGAAAGGGCCUAGCAAUUAAAAAGUCGAACGUUAGCAAUAACCGGGACAAUAUUUUAGAGAAUGAAUUAAUGUCAUUUGUUGAUGAUAAUGAUUAUUACGAAGAACCCCCAGCAUUUUACCAUAAUUUUGAGCCUUUAGAAUACCAAAAUGAUCUUUUAUUAAUGGACACGGAUAAUGCCGAUUCAGAUGAAAGUAUUAAUGUAUUUUCUGAUAUUUCUGAAUCCAGCAAUACAGGAAUAUACGAUGAUUAUAAUUCAAAAUCUUUUGAGGGUGAUAUUGACAAUACAGACUUUCAAAAAAUACAAAACGGAGUAAAUGAAGACUUACGCACAGAUUAUUAUGGAGGUGUGCAUCUACUGUCGAAGUAUGACGAUGAUAGUGAUUCAGUUAUAGAGGACAACAGAGUAGAUCCGCAAUUCGUAUAUCCGUCAAUUACACGGAACCAUAAAGUAACAGGAAAUAAGAGAAAGACAAAUAAAAAGAGUAGAAAUGCAGCUCAGACUUUGGACAAGUGGAAUCCUACUGCGGUUACAGGAAAUGCUAAGCGUCAAAUGUCUAAUGGAUCAGGUACUGGAAUAAGGAAACAGAAAUUAAAUAAACGACAAACAAAAAUUGUAGGGCUUUCUUCUAAGGGAUUCGAUAAGGUCUCUUUUGGGAAAUUAAGGAAGAAGCGAAUUGGGAGUAGCGAUAAGGAGAUGAAUAACAAAAAAAAAGGGUAUUCAAAGGUUGCGAAUGUAAUAGAUACUAGUAUGAACCCUAAAAAAUCACAGAAAGACAUGUUGAUAACCGAUUAUUACUUUCUGAGAACUCCGAAUAUAAGCACUACUAUAUUUGAAGCAGAGAGCACGAACAGAUUUGUCAAAACAAAAGACACCAGAUUUUCUUAUAACCAGAGGGGAAUUUUACCUAGCCAUCUUCAAUAUGCCGAAAAAUCUGAUAAGCUUUACGAGGACGAAAUAUCGAAUACCAUUAUUUUUGAUGACAUUGAUAUGAAUAAGAUACAUUCUUUAAAAUUUGGGGUUUGUCCCAUAUGUAAUACUGAUUCAUCUGUGAUAAUACUCAUGGGCGAAAAAUAUUCUUUUACUUUGAUCGAUAAGACUGAUUCCAAUGUAAGAAGUGAAAUGCUUCUUUUGCAAUUAGCAAAGUUGCUCAAUGAUCUGAAAAUUUACUCAAAUGAAGACUUAAAUAAGGAAAUUCAACAGUCUUUAAAGGGAAUUAUCAAGUGGUUUCUAAUACUACAAGAAAAUCCAAGUGAAAAUGCAUGGACCUAUCUUUUACAUAUUCUUGAUGAUAUGUCUAAAGUUAAAAAGAAGGAUAAUAUAUCUAGUAAGCUUUCAUUCUUUCCUUACUUUUUGUUGUUGUAUUAUAUAUUUAUUCAAGUAUCUCAGAGAGAUAUUCUGGAUAAACAAACUAUAGAACUAAGAUAUACUGAUUACAAUAGAUAUUGCGUGAAAUAUUGGACAUUAUAUUUCCAGUUUACAGAUAUUGAUAGCUUGACUAACGAUGAACUGUUGCUGUUAAACUUUCAAUCUUUACACUUUAUGUACUUGUUAUUUCAAAAUAAUGAUGAAAUAUGGUGGCCUGUAAUUAAUAAGGCAUUAAACCGGUUAAUUAGUUUAAGGUUAGCACCUAUGGGUAUUUUUGACAUGUUGUAUUACAUUGCCUCACUAAUUCCACCAAGUAGGUGUAACUGGUCAUCAUUCUACAUUAUCUAUAAUGCUCAUAAAUCGGAUGAUAAUUCUGAUUUUCACAAUAGAUUUAUUGAAACAAUUUACUCUUUAAAUGAAAAAUAUUCGUGGACAUUCGAAGAGAAGCUUAUAACAACCAUCUAUUCGACCAUAACUGCUCGUAAAUUCUCCAAUUUUGAUGACGAGAAAACUGGACCAGAAUUGAUAGAUAUUCUAAUCACUAGAGACAGUAUACCUAACACAUCUUUCUUUGAAAAGUUUAUGCAUCUCUUGUACUGUUAUGUCUCAAGUUUGCCAUACGGUGGAAAUAAAAAGAGACUAAUCAGCAAGUUGUUUACAUCAAGUCAUUAUCAUUAUCAAAAAGGCUCCAGGAGUUUCGCAAUGUUUGUCAAUCGGUUUAAUUUCAUUUUGCUUUUAUCACAACUUUCGGACGUUGAUUUGAGGAAUCAAGUUCUUGACCUUGUACAACAAGUAAAAUCCUCGAACGACAUUAAAAUGUAUAAUAUUACAAAUGAGGGAUUACAAACCUAUUCAAAUAUCGCAGCAAGUAAGAGUAAGAGUUUACCCGUUGACUCGUAUCAGAUUAUGGUCGAAACUAUGAUCGAUCUAUACACAUCAUUACCAGGAAUACAAAGAAUAUGGGAGCAACUUUUGAUAAAUAUCGAAAAAUACUUUCUCCCUGAUAUCAAUAGUACAUUUGCCUUUAACAAUCAUUUCAAUUUUUUUGCAUUAGUUAGACGCCUUGAAUUCAAUAAGUUUACUGAUUUGAUUUCAGUUUCACUCGUGAAGUUAUUAUUAAAGGCAGUAACAAAUAUAAUCAAGGCAGAACAGUUUAAUAUUUCAGAGAAAAAUUCUGAAUUGAUAUACAUUGUCCAAGAGAAAUAUUUCUCUUUCUUACACACACAUAUGGGUAGAUUUCCAUUCCUGAAUCAGUUAACAGAGGAUCGUACUACUGAAAUAAUCGAAGAAAGUAUAAGGGUUUGGAUUAGGUGCAAUUCCCUAUUGAAAGAAGUGAAUUGGAAUGUUUUGGUGUUGCAGAAAUAUCCCUAUAUUGGGAACUCCUAUCUGCGGGAGAGAUUUGUGUUGUUCUUCUAUAAUGAGUUGUUAUUAUUUACAAGUCUUUCAAAUCAUAUCGAUAGUAUUAUAUUGGCAUUAUUAAAGAGUUUGGCCUUGUUUUUUACGUCACCCUACCUUGCAUUAAUUAUUAACCUGUUGAUGAAAUCUCAUCAUCGUCUUUUUAUUUUUAAAAAAGAGCAUGUCCCAGAACAACUUACAUCUUUUCAGAUGCUGAAUUACAAGCUGCUCAUAGCUUCUAACAUUAUUUUCAACCUCGCCGAAGAUGAUAUACUUUCAAAGGCAACGAAGAUAAUAUACUUGGAAGAGCUAAUUAAAUCAUUAAAUGAGGAAUACAACAAGUAUUUUGAGUCUACCAGCUAUGUGGAAUAUUGCAGAAAGUUGGUCGAAACAGUACAAAAAUAUUGUGCUGAAUUUAUUCAAUCUAUUGACGAAUAUGGUUCCCUUUCAAGAAAAUUAGGUAUUAAACACCUAGAAUCUAAUGAAUAUAGAUGGCACAUACUACCAUUGAAAGAAAAGCUCACAUGCCUAAAUAAUGAAAUAUCAUCGGCUGUUUUUUUCCAGAAGGAUGCUAGAUCAAUACUAGAUGAAUACAUUACCUUGGAGAGUUUUGAUUUGGUUUAUCACCUUAUUAGCAUUUACAUGAAAUCGGUUACGAACUUUCAGCAAGAUAAGUGGAUUUUUAUAUCUCAGCUAAUGGAGUAUAUUUAUUCAAAGCUAUUAGAUUAUAAGAUUUUGAUAUCAGAUAAACUUUACAAGAAUUUUCUCAGACUGUUAGUUGAUUUAGGAUCUUUAAGAAGAAAGGUAGAAGGAAGGUUUCACCUGUAUGAGGUUUAUCAAAAUAAGUCAUUUAUCGCCGCAUUUGCAAUCUUUCGAGAGACAUAUUAUUUAUAUGAUGGAUAUAAGGAUAGGGCACAAAUAAAAAGCACGAUAAAUGAUUUUGUCGACAUGUACGAUGAUUCUAAUACCGAUAAUUAUAUCACAGAUUUGAGUAUACCAUUUUCUUCGUACGUUCUUUUUGAUAUUCAACAACCAGGAAGUGAGAUUGGUGGAAGCACCGUACAAAAUACUCCUCAAGAUAACCUUAAUAAACUUAAAGAAUCUUCAGAUCAUGGUUAUAACCAGUUACUCAAAAUUAUUAGACCAACAUUAUCUAGUGAAUUCUUAUCCACUUCAUUACCAUUUGAUAUUAGCUUUUAG